AAUCUGGAAUGGUAAAUGUGUCUCUUAUCGCGCUGUGCAAAUAAGUCCUUAAUUACUUUGUGACUGUGCGAUCUUGAGAUUCUGCGGAGUUGUUCAGUUGAGUGUCACGAUGGAGAGUCAGUGGAUUGCUUUGAGUGUGUUCCUGGGCGUUUGGCUGUGCCUGGCAGGAGCUUCGUCGCCCUUCCAGGUCUCCAUUCGCUUGUACAAUGACGUCUAUUCGGCCGGACAGGACAAUUUCCACCUCUGCAGCGGUGCAAUUGUGCAUCAGAACUACGUCCUGACCACAGGACACUGCGUCAGGGAGACUGUGCUGUUCCCAAACUCCAGUCGAUUGCUGACACCGCAGAUGAUCUACGUCGUGGCGGGAAAUCUCUCGAGCAACGCCACAACAUUCACGAGCAACGUGAAGAAGAUCACAACGCACAAGGAUUUCAAUGCAGUGACUCUGGAGCACGAUAUCGCCCUGGUGGAGCUGCAGAAUCCGCUGCCGCUGCAGAACAACUCGAAUGUGAAGUGGAUUCAGCUGGACAACGGAGAAGUUGCCAGAAGUCCGUGCUUCGUGUCGAUUCUCAAUGAGACGAAUGUUGACUUCAAGACGCUGCCCAACGACAUCAUCGACAUUUGGCACUGCAAUCGCAGUGCGAACUUCUCAUCCGCCAAGAGAGAUGACAUCUGUGCGCAGUACACCGUCAAUGGGGGCUCGUGGUGUGGAACGACGGAUCUCCAGUACAAGUUCAGUCCGGAUCGAGGAUCGGCGCUGGUGUGCAACAAGGUGUUGAUUGGAUUGCUGUCGUCAAUCGAUCCUCCGGCCGAUCCCUUCCCCACAGAUUGCCUGCAACCGAAGAGAACCUACGCUUUCUACACAACCGUCGAGGAAUACGUGCCCUGGAUCAACAUGGUCAUCGGGCUGACGCACGGGAAGCCUCCGGCUCCGCCGCCAACCAACAUGUUCGGCAAGGACAAGAACGUAGGCGCGGCAGCCACUCCGGGAGUCGCUGUCUUCGCUGCCCUUGCUCUUGUUUUUCUGCACAUGAACCACUAAAUAAAUACUGUAGAUCUUGCCUUCAAGACAACUCUUGUUUGAUGUGGGAUUUCGGGCUGUGUUUGCCCUGCGGCAAAGAGAUAAGAUUG